AUGACCAUCGACGACGAGAAGUCGAUAUACGUUGGGGGGCUCCCUUACGAGUGUACCCAGGAGGACCUCCAUCGUGCCUUCGACCUUUACGGCGCCAUCAUGGAUGUCAAAAUAGUCAAUGAUCGACAAGUUGGUGGAAAAUGUUAUGGGUUUGUUACAUUUAGAAACCCUAGGUCAGCUGUUGAUGCUAUUACGGACAUGAAUGGCAGGAAAAUUGGAGGAAGAGUUGUAAGAGUAAAUGAGGUUCACACAAGAGGUGGAAGGCCAAAUUUUCAUCGGGAAAAUUUUCACCGGGAUGAAGAGGAUUAUUGGGAUAGAGACAGGGAAAGGGUAAGGGAAAAGGAAAGAGAAAGGGAUCAUUUACGUGACAGAGAUCAUUACCUUGAUAGAAAUUCUGAGCGGUCUCAAGAUAAUAACAGAGAAAGAGAACCGGAUUUUGAGCAUGACCGUGACUUCAUUCAAGCAAGAGAGCAUCCUGUUGAGCAAGUGCGAGAUCUAGAGGAUGAGGAUCAUGAUCGUCAAGGAGACCAUGAUAAAGACUGGGAAAGGGAUCAUGAUAUGGAUUGGAGCCAUGAUAGAGAAUUAGACAAACCUAAAGAUCGUGAUGGAAGCAAGUCAAUGGAUAAGGAGCAACAAUCAAGACAACGACAUGGGUAA